AUGUUGAAGCUCGUUGGUCUCUGUUUAAUAGCGAGCCUUUCUUCAAUAGGCGCUGAUGAUAAUAUGUUGGGUAAAGGCCUAUGGUCGUUAAUCGCCGUUGAAAACUGUCCCGAAGAGGAACUUCACCAGGAGUCUCUAAGACUGGACGUGAACAAACACAAAGUGAACCGCUCUCACGAUGGACUGUCCGUACACAUCACUAUUAACAACGAAGUUAACGACCAAUAUGGGACUUUUAUAGACAUAUGCAAGUAUGUUGAUGGCGGUUGUAAGCAAUACCAAGUAGUAUCAGAUAAUUUGGGGAAACUAUGCGACAAAUACGCCAAGGACAACGUAGUAAGGGCGCUACAGAUGGCUAAAUUUAACACAGACUAUUUUCCUCUCGAUGUGGGUGAAUAUGACCUUGAGGAUUUCAUGAUAGACUACUGCAGCUUCCCGUCGGACUGUCCGUUCGGUAGGUACGAGGCGAUGACCUUCCUACUAUCAGGAGGUCAAAGGGUCGCCUGCCUCAAGGUCAUCGUGGAGUGCACCAAGUGCGAAGACGACGAUGAAUGCUGCGACGAUGAUGAAGAAUAA